AUGGCACCACAAGUCGUUAAUGGGCCAUCCCUCGAGGCAUACCUUGCCCAAACGGCGAGAUCCACAUACGCACUUCCGUUUGAGUCGACCCCUAUGGGAUACCCGAAAAUAAUCGGCCGGACGUGGGACCCAGUUAUCGGCUCUAGACCAUUCACCAUCGGACAGAGCGAAACACGGACGGUUUUACGAUCGACAAACUCCACCGCUAUAUGGGCUUUGCUAAAGAUGGAACACUACAGCCAAGCACUUACCCGGGGCGGGCAGACGAUUUAUGACGCUGCUAGGGAGUUGAUUACAAUCCAUGGGCAAGUGAUGCAUGGAUCGGCAUAUGAUGACCGGCGGCGACCCAGCGGGAGGACAACAGAAAGGGAUUAUAUGGUCGAGCACCUAGAGCCGCGCAGAGAAAACCACCAAGACGCGAUCAACGAAUAUAACAACGUGAUACUUAAUGAAGCCUGCUUUCGGAUUGAGGACAGAACGGCCUUGUACCAAGAGCAUCUCUUUGUCCAACAUGCCAUCGGCGAAGGAAGUGACGCCGGCUACCCAACAGACCUUGGGUCGACCAGCGAUGAUGAGUUCGAUUUCGGGUCCGACUUCGGCUAUAGUUCCGACCCUGAUUAUCAGUCGAAGAACACCGGUGCCAUGCAUAACGGCGCGAUGACCAUUUCCGCUGCGGCCGCAGAGGAAAGAGCAGCUCAGCGCAUCCGAGACAGAGAGAGAGAGAGAACGGUGAACCACGACUCUAUGAUCGAUGGAAUGUGGCGAGCAAGCCUAAAAUUCAUCAUGGCCACAUUACGCCAGAUCUCAUGCGCAGGGCAGAGCAUACGACCGAAAGCUCUAAGAACCAUUUACUUUAACCGCCUCGAGGCCGAACUAAUGGAAGCCCUUACAUACAUUCAAAAGAAAUUCGGUCUCGUUAAUGCAGAGGAUAUAACGGGUUUCGGAGGCAUCUAUAAUAUAUAA